AUGUCUCCAACCAACACAAGUACAACUGCAAAAACAAUCUACUCAGGAAUCCAAACUACUAAUAUCUUCCUUGCUGUAAUCAUGUUAAUAAUUUUUAUGUUUGGACUGAUCUUGAACACUCUUUUCCUUUGGGUGCUUUGGUUUCGGAUAAGAAAAACUGUUAACUCUAUAUGGUUUUUGCAUCUUAUUUUGAGCAACCUAAUAUUUUCUUUCAUCUUGCCUUUUCUUGCAGUUCAAGUGCUCAGGUUUCCUCACUGGAUAUUGGGACUUGUCAUGUGUAAGCUUCUGAACAGUUUAGUGUCUGUUGUUAUGUUUGAAUCGGCUUUUGUUCUCACAGUCAUUAGCAUCAACCGUUACCUGUUGGUUUUCCAGCCACACUGGUAUAGAAGACAUAUGAAGCCUCGGUAUGCUACUAUUAUCUGCAUCUUCCUAUGGGUAAUAGCCAUUGUCUGUAGCUCUCCUUAUGCGGUGUUUAGAAAACUCAAAAACGAAAACACCACCACUGAGUGUUACAAUGAUUACACUCUCUCUGGGGACACAGAGAAUCUGAAGGUCAAGUGGAGCCUUUUCACAUUCCGUGUUUUUGUCGGGUACCUGCUUCCUUUUUUUGUGAUCUUAUAUUGCUAUUUCCAGAUUGCACUCAAGAUGAAGAAGGAAAAACUGACCAGGUCUAAAAAACCUUACAAGAUUAUAAUUAUUGCAGUUAUAUCUUUUUUUGUUUGUUGGUUACCUUACCAUUUGUGGUACGGAAUGAGUUUUGAGAAGAGAAGAAUUCACGAUGGCACCAUGGAAGUAUUAAAGGUUCUUAGUAUUUGCUUCAUCUGUUUCAACUUCUGUUUCACCCCAAUAUUUUACCUCUUCAUUGUAGAAAAUUUUAAGAAAAUGUUCAAGAAGUCCAUGCUAUCCCUCGUUGAGAUAGCGGUUAAUGAAGACAUGGUGACAUGGAACAGGAGUAUGGACGAGAAAUCUGUUCCACGUACCUCAUCCUUUAUCAGAGAUGAAAAUCAUGUUAUUAAUACUUGA